AUGGGAAGAGAUUGGGUUGAGGUCGUUGAUAUAAAAGCUCGCUUCUUGCCGGGCCCACAAAAAUACAUGCCACCUGGACUUGAAGCUUUCAGACCGAGAGCAUCACCAACCCACCCCCAUGCCGUACCCAAACCAAUGCCUCCCUCCGGCCUCACCAAUGGCGGCAGAUCAGCUAUUCCAUCGUCCGAGGAAGCUUCAGCUACUCAAAGCAUCUACGACACUUCCUCCGUAGCUUCGAUACGAGCGUCCCUGUCCGCGCUGCAUACCCGCGAUGCAGCAAUCACCUCACGACUGCAGGCGCUUAUAUCCUCACAGGCCGACCUGUCUCGCGAACUAGGGCGUUUGGAUCUUCUGCGAGCGCACCUGGGGACGCAGGUCAUACAUACCAGGGACAUCAGCAAUGGUAUGCUGGACUCAGCGGCGGCGACGGCAUCCCACCUGUCCAGCAAGGUCCGGGAGCUCGACCUCGAAAAGAAGCGUGUAGAGGAGACACUGGGAGUAGUCGAGCAAGUGGCAGAGCUGAAGGCAUGCGUGCAGGGCGUCGUAGGGUCGAUGGGCGCGCCGCAAGACUGGGAGGCGGCUGCUGGGUACAUCGCGCGGGCUUCCAAGAUACCGGACUACAUCGUCGAAGGCAACUUUGCUGCACGCAUUGUGCCAAGUGUAGAGGUGCCAGAUGCGCCUGGGAUCACCAUCGAAAACGCAAAGGAAUCGCUCUGCGGCCUGUUUUUGAGGGAGUUUGAGAAGGCGGCCGACGAAGGGGAUGGGAGUAAAAUUACACGGUUUUUCAAGCUGUUCCCUUUGAUCGGGAGAGAAGACACUGGCUUGGAAGUUUACGGGAGGUAUGUCUGCCAGGGUGUUGCGGCCAGGGCUCGAGGAGGCUUGAGGGAGGGGACAAAAGGGAGCGCGGGGCAGGAUGGAUUCUUCUAUGCCAAUGCGCUCACCAGGCUCUUCGAACAUAUUGCGCAGAUCGUGGAUGGCCACGGAGGGCUGGUCGAAAGACAUUACGGACAAGGGAAAAUGGUGAAAGUCAUCGAAAGGCUACAAGUGGAAGCAGAUGUUCAGGGUGGGAUUAUCUUGGAUAUGUGGGGCGAUGAAAGGAGCGUGGACAGGAGGUUGACGGAUGUCAAAAGCUACCCAUUCUCAUUUUUGGUGCACAGCUUUAUGCCCGCCCAAAAGAACAUGGGGAUUACAAGAACGAGUUCGCCUGCAAUCGGCGGAGGAACAAACGGAGUAGAGAGUGAGGAUGAAGGUGUGGAUAUGAAAGAGAUCGAUGGGCUGCUAAAUGAGACUGCGAUGAUGCUUGGCCGCUGGUCAAUGUACUCGCGGUUCCUGGCUGGCAAGUGUAGGGUGAGUCGGCCAGAUAUUCUACUUCAGGCUAUAUCUAAGAUCUCGCAGGACCACCAUGAGAGUCCUGAAGAGCCAUUAGUCAUGCCCGAGCUGCUCCUCAAGUCGGCACUGGGUCGUAAGAUCUCUGGCAGGCUUACCACUCCUUUCAAUACAAUGACCACAUUUUUCUUCCGGCGGUCGGUUGAGAAGGCUUUCCAACUAGAUGAACCGCCGACGGGGUUAACCUUGAACCCCUCUAAACCUCUGGAUGGCAACCCGCCAUACAUAAUAUCUGCGGUUGAUGAUGUUAUGUAUAUCGUCAACACGGUACUCCAGCGCUCACUAUCGACCUCUCUACGGGAGGUCAUUGGUUCUGUGGUACCUACUAUAAGCCGUGUACUGGGAUCCGACUUCAUCGGCAUGAUCCAAAGGAAGAUGCGAGACGAGUCCUACCCGAAGGCUGCUGUGCAGGGCGGCUUCCCACCAGAAGACAAGAUCAUCGCUUUCAUCGUUCUCAUCAACUCUCUCGAUUUGGCAACCGACUACCUCUCGCGCAUUAUAACCGGCCGCCUCUCACCUGCAGAGCUCCCCACCGGUGCGAAGGGACCCAACCCCCUUACCGAGAUGUUUCCCUUUGGCCACGACGCUACCUUUGUAAAGAACACACUCGAGAAUCUCAAUUCAACCUUCGCUUCGAAAACGUCAGAAUUGAUCUCAGACGGUCUCCAAGUAAUGUUCGAGCGAGUCGUCAAACCCCGACUUCGACCCGUCUUGUCAGAGACGUUCCGUGAUGUUGACUACUCUCUCGACGAAGAAGACCUCGCUGAAAUCGCACGGAACAACGAUACAGACGAAGACCAAGAAAUCCUGAACGAUUUGGUGGCAAGACGGUUCGAGCACAGCUGGGAAGCGCUGAUGAAGCCUAUCCAACGCAUCAUGACGCCCAAAUCGUUUGCCUCUCUGCUAGAAUCGACAGCGAAGUACCUUGCCAAGGUACUCGAGAAGAGGAUUUGGCUUAUGGCGGGCAAGAUCAAUGCCCUCGGUGCGCAGCGGAUGGAGAGGGAUUUCUCGGGGAUUAUCAGCGCUGUUGCGCGGGGUGGCAGGUAUGGAGUCCGAGACUCAUUUUCGAGGGUGGUACAAGUAACCAUGUUGGUCAACAUGGAAGAAGAGGAGUGGGAAGCGGUUAACGAAGCUGAGGAAGAGGGCGAGGAGGAGAUUACUUGGGUAUUGAAUCCGGAAGACCGGAAGAGGGCGAGGCAGUUGGUGAGAAGGUGA